UCGUAACCUUUGUUUCAGAAGGUCCAGAGUACAGUUUGCCUCUCACAAGUCACAAGACACUUCCUCCCUCCUCCAUGACUCACUCAGUAAUCAACUAACUGUAAAGAGGGGCAAUCCAUAGAUGGCGACAAGCCCGAAAGACCACAUAGAAGAGAUUCGCAAAUGCAAGUUUUCAAUCGGAGGAGACCCCAACCCUCUGACGGAGGACCUCCACCAAGCCGUCAAAAACCUCUCCGCAGAGCUCUACUCCAAAGAUGUCCACUUUCUCAUGGAACUCGUACAGAAUGCGGAGGACAAUGAGUACGAGGAUGGAGUCGAGCCUUCACUGGAAUUCGUCAUCACGUCUAAAGACAUCACGGAAACGGGAGCCAGUGCCACUCUGUUGAUAUUCAACAACGAAAAAGGAUUUUCCCGCAAGAACAUUGAGUCCAUUUGCAGCGUAGGCCGUUCCACAAAGAAAGCCAACCGCAAAAGUGGCUAUAUAGGCGAGAAAGGGAUUGGUUUUAAGAGUGUAUUUCUUAUCUCUGCUCGGCCCUACAUAUUUAGCAAUGGCUACCAGAUUCGAUUUAGUGAGGAACCUUGUCGUCAUUGCAACGUUGGCUACAUUGUACCAGAGUGGGUAGAUGAGAACCCUAUCCUUGCACGCAUAAAACUAAUCUAUGGUUCUUCUUCGACCAGACUCCCUACCACAACUAUAGUGUUGCCAUUAAAAUCCGACAAGGUGAAACCUGUAAAACAGCAACUGUCUAACAUUCAUCCUGAGCUCCUCUUGUUCCUUACUAAGAUAAGGCAGCUAUCUGUCAGAGAAGCCAAUGAAGAUAAACAACUCAACACGGUGAGCGCAAUAUCUAUUUCAAGCGAGAGAGACCUUGUAAAGAAGAAAAACAUUGAUGCUGAGUCCUACUUGCUAAUCCUCUCUGCUGAUGAAAAGGUGGGUAGCGCAGAACGGUGCAGCUACCACAUGUGGAGACAAAGGUUUCCAGUCCCGCAAGGACACAGAGUUGAUAAAAGAAAGGAUGUUGAUGAGUGGGUGAUUACGCUCGCAUUUCCAUAUGGAGAGCGUCUUAAUGGAGGGCUUAGCUCUCCCGGUAUCUAUGCUUUUCUUCCUACAGAGAUGGUCACAAAUUUCCCAUUUAUAAUUCAAGCAGAUUUCAUGUUGUCAUCUUCGAGGGAAGCCAUUCUUUUAGAUGAAAAAUGGAACCAGGGAAUACUCAACUGUGUUCCGCUGGCCUUCUUAGGGGCUUUCACCUCAUUAGUCAAAGACUACCAAGACGUACCGGUCAAGACCCUGGUUAAUAUGUUUGGCUUUUUACCUGUCAGCAGCUCUUCUUAUUCAAGCCUUAAUGCCAUAAGAUGUUCAAUCAAAGAAAAACUGCUUCACGAGGAUAUAAUUCCUUGUCAGUCAUACACAGAACAAAGGAUUUUCCGGAAACCAUCUCAAGUGGGUAGGCUACAACCUGCCUUUUGGAGCUUGCUGAGCAAAGCAAGGAAGCAAGGAGUUGCUUUGCACAACAUAUCUUCCCACGGGAUACACAUUCUGAAUUCUGCAUUUGAUUAUGAGGAGUGCAACCACAUUUUGAACUUUUUGGAAGUGAAGCUUGUUGAAAAUGAGUGGUAUUCAAUGUGCAUUCAGAGUUCUGAUCUUGUUUUGGGAGUGUCUGAAGAUCUUUACAUGGAGCUUUUGUUGUUUGUUGCUAAAAACUGGAAACAGUCUUUCUCGAUGACUAGUAUGGUGAAUAUACCAUUACUGAAGUAUGUUGACAUGAAUGGGCAUGAAGCGCUGUGUAGCACAAAUGAUGCCUCCAAGGGUAAUCCCACAUUGCUUCUCUCCACUGAAUCCAAUCAAGUAUCUUGGCUUAUUAGUUGGAACAAAGAGUUUCGAUGCGUGAAUGGAUAUUUCUUUACUGAACCAACACAAGAAGCAUUUCAUAGUGGUUCUAAGUGGCAGAGUGUGUUUGAGUGGCUUCUCAGUGAGGUGAAUGCUAACUCUGUUGACGUGCAUGACUAUGCAGUUCUCAUCCGUGACUCAUUGAUUCAUGAAUCAAAGCUUGUCCUUGCAUAUGCUCAUUUCCUGUAUCACUCAUUUGUGAAACUUUAUGUCACAGCUGCACAAAUUGGUUCGCUUUGCAGUGAAAUGCCUCUGGUUGAUGGCUAUGGGUGGGUGGUCUCUGGAAGAAGUGGUGUUAUUGUACCUGCAAAUGGAAGUAAAUGGGUUCAACUGAUUGGAUCAAAUCCAUGGAAAAGUGAGGGUUACAUUGAGCUUGGAGGAGACUAUUUACAUUCUCGACGAUAUGCUGAUAUAUUUACCAAGAAAGAGGAGCUGCUUGGAUUUCUUAAAGCUUAUGCUCGUGCUUCAGAUAUUCCCAGUUUGCCUCCCCCGGAUUCUGUACUAUCCAGUAUGUCUUCUCCACUAACAAGGGAAAAUGUGUUCCUGCUCCUAGAUUGGAUUCAUAACAUACGAAUGAAUCGGAUGUCAAUGCCAGAGAGGUUCUCUACAUCCAUACAACAAGGAUGUUGGCUUAGAGUCUGUCUAUGUGGUGGUCAUGGAUACAGACCUCCAUCACAGUCCUUCUUCCAUUCCUCUUCAUGGGGACAUCAUCUGCAGAAUGGAUCUGUACGUGUGGACAUCCCAUUAGUUGACAAGGAUUUUUAUGGUGAUGCGAUAGACAAGUAUCAGGAUGAUCUGAGAACCGUUGGUGUCAUGUUUGAAUUUAAGGAAGCUUGUCAAUUUAUAGGGAAGCACUUUAUGUCUCUGGUCGCUUCUUCCAGUUUGACAAAAUCUGAUGUAUUUUCCAUGCUUAAUUUCAUUAGGCACUUGAGGAAUAAGUAUUUAUCGCCAGAUGACUUUAUCAUCAGCAUUAAAGAUGGGAUUUGGUUGCAGACGGUGCUAGGUAAGAGAAGCCCAGGGCAAUCAGUUUUCUUUGAUAACGAAUGGGCUGCUGCCGUACAGAUCAGCGACAUCCCAUUUGUUGAUCAAAAUUAUUAUGGUCAGGAUAUUCAAGCUUUCAAGGAAGAAUUCAAGUUGCUAGGUGUUGUCUUUGGAUUAGAACAGAAUUAUCAGCUAGUUGUCGCCAACUUGAAACCCUCAGAGAAGUUAAUUUCACUUGGUGCUGAAGCAGCUCUCAUGGCACUAGAGUGUAUCCGUCACCUAAAUUUAAAUUCUUCUAACAGGCUAUGCACUGCACUAAAGGGAAAUAGAUGUCUAAAAACGGUGAAUCAUGGGUACAAAUGUCCUGCUGAAUGUUUCCUACCCGAUCCAACCUGGGCUUGCCUUCUCCAGGUCUUUGACAGCUUCCCCCUUAUUGAUGAAAAGUUCUAUGGAAGCAAAAUCUUGCGGUUUAAGAAUGAACUACGCAAUUUAGGAGUGACAGUUACACUUGAGAAAGUUAUUGAAUCAUUUCGUCAUGCUUUUUGGCAGCAUGUGUCUAAAUGUGCUUUGAGUAAGAGCAAUGUCCUCUCUUUUCUUGAAUGCUAUAGGAAUUUUGAAAAAGAAGGUUUCAACUUGUUAGGCUGUAUUGGGAAAUGCAUUCUUGAAGCCAAGUGGCUGAAAACUAGACUUGGAGUUGCCAGCACACCGGAAGAGUGCAUCUUGAUAGGCAAAGGUUGGGAACCAAUUACGUCCGUCACUCUAUUACCAUUUCUUGAUGAUGCUUACUAUGGCCAGGACAUUUUUCAGUACAAAGACGAGCUUAAGAGAAUGGGUGUAGCUACCACUUUCAAAAAAUGCUCAAAGUUCAUUCCUACAAGCCUUUGUUUACCUCAAAACCCCAGUCAUAUAUCAUCUCCCGCUGCAUUUUCACUUCUGAUGUGCAUGAAGAAUUUACAAAUGGAUGUUGAUGAGAAGCGGAUCUCCGUUCUCCGAGAAAAGCUUGAUCAGAAAUGGAUCAAGACACAAGCAGGCUACCGAUGUCCAAAAGAGUGUCUGCUAUUUGAUUCAAAUUGGAAUGAAAUCUUGAAGCAAGAGGACGGACCUUUCAUCGAUGAAAAGUUUUAUGGUCCAGUUAUUUCGUCAUACACAAGAGAACUUGAAGCUCUGGGGGUAGUGGUUGAGGUGGAAAAUGGAUGCUCAUUGAUCGCCGAUUACCUUGAUGUUCACUCUAAUCGCACCACAAUCAAUCGAGUAUACACAUACUUGAAUGAUCAAGAGUGGCCUACUACUAGCCGCAAUAAAGAUGCGAGUUCAAAUGUCAAGAUAUGGAUUCCCACCGGGGAGAAUAGUGGAAACUGGGUGAAACCUCAAAGCUGCGUUCUUCAUGACAAAACUGGUCUUUUUGGUUCACAAAUGUUCGUUUUAGAUAAGUACUAUAGUGGCAAAUUGCUGCUUUUCUUCAGCAAAUUAGGAGUUAAAGGCAAUCCUUCUCUGGCUGACUAUUUCAUGCUUUGGAAAGUGUGGGAGUCAUCAAAGAGGGGACUGUUGCCUGCUGAAUGCUGUGCCUUUUGGGAGUUUGUGGUUGAACACUGGAACCCAAGGACACAAAAAUCUUUUGAAGAGAAUUUAUCAAAAUUUCCGGUUUGUUCAGGUUCACACGAGAUCCUGUUGCUUGACAAAGGUGAUGUUUUUAUUGCCGAUAAUCUCUGCAUGAAGGAACUUUUCGAACAGAGUUCUGCUCACCCGCUGUUUGUUUGGUACCCACAGCCAAGCCAGUCAUCUUUGCCAAGAACCAAGCUUCUCAAUAUCUACAGGGAAGUUGGAGUUCAGGCUUUGUCAGACACAGUCCAUUGCAGAGAACUUUUACCAAUAGACUCUACUGGACUGGAAAAGGCCAAUCCAGAAAUGAUCUAUGUUGCGAAAAAUAUGUCCCGACUGAUUCUUGGAUUUCUAGCUCAGCCUCACAUAGAGAUGGAAGCGGAGAAGAGGCACGUCUCUCUGAGCCGCCUUGUGAAUGCUACCUUUCUGAAAAUGGAAGAACCCAUCCCCGUUGAGUAUAAGCUGUCACUUUCAUCCGGUGAAAUACUGACUGCUAAAACAAGCAGAAUGGUGCGGUGGGAGAGAGAGAGCUCCAAGUUCUUCAUCACGGACGUGAAUAAAUCAAAUGGUUAUAGAGGUGUCCUAGAGUUUGCUACAAAUUUCUCACAAGUAGUUUCUGAGGGAAUUUUGUGUGAGAAUGAAGAUGAGGUGUGGGAGCUUGCUGAGCUAAUCAAGUUGGGCUACAUGGUGGAGUUUGACGAGGAUUCUAUAAAUUUCUUGAUGAAGAUAAAUAAUCUGCAGAUUUUCAUGGAAGAUGAGCAUUUCCUUCUCUCUCUCUUUCCUGCUAUAUAGGGCACAAGGGAGAUGCACAGCUGCAAGGUUAUUGCUGAUCUUUGUCUGCAUAUAUUUGUUUUGCUUAUAACACUUAUCUAGGUUAUCAGAUUAGAAUAGAAGUUAACAUGAUGUAAUGCUUUAUUUUUAGUUUUUUUUUGAAAUAACUUAUGGUAAAUGGUAAUGAAUCUACAAGUCUUUUUGGUGACGUAUAAAAUGAUUGAAGGUGGGUCUAAAUUUUCUUUCAGUCGAA